AUGGGCAGGAAAGAGUUCCGUGCUCACCUUGAGCAAGUCACCGCCGCUCCGGACAGAUAUGGCGUCCUGGAUGUCUGCUGCAAAGAUUCCGAGAUCGAGGUCCUUGUUCAGUCCCAGCAUGGCCCCCUCACCGUCACCGCCGUCGUAGAUGAAAUCUGUGACUACCCUCACUCCCACAACUUCAUAUCGCUUUACGUCCAGGACUCCGCCCCCAACGACGUUUCUUCCGCCAUAUCCAUUCUUUCUGAAAAGCAAACUGGGCCCAAGUCUAUCUUCUCCUUGCUCAAGGACAUCUCUCAACGCUUGUCCGCCGACACUGACGGCGACACGGACAUGUUUGAUUCGCAACUCGACGGCUUUGACGAGGAUGAAGGGCUUGGAGAUGAAUCUGAGUCAAGCGAUGCUUCUGAUGACGACUUCUUUGGCGUGGGCCACCGCCCCGCGCCGGUUGUGGAAUCCUCGGCAACUGCAACACAUGACAAAAUCAUCCCACCCGAGCUGCGCAACUCGAUCCGACGCGAUCUGGCACUUGUGAAGCAUGCCGGUUUCCGAGUCAGUGCCUGGGGUCCUCUCGUCCAGGGCCACCCUGCAUACCUGACCUCCGCUUGUCGCGUCGCCAAGCUAGGUAUUUCUCAUGAAGCCAUGCAGGCCUGGCAGUUGUGCCCUUCCGAGUACCUCGUGCUUCUUAUACACUAUCCAACGGGAUACAAGCAUAUUGGCGACGUUGACGGGAAAAGUGCUUCGAAGGAUAUGCUGGACUUCCGCUUUGGUGUAAGCUCGUCCUAUAAGCCUUCCCCAGACGAAGUCAUCCAGGCAUUCACUACACUACCCACAGAGGCUCAUAAAGGAGCCUCCAAACCCAAGAAGGGUGGCUUGCGCAAGCUAUUCAUAGCCGGGCCUCUGGGAGAUCUGUUCCGUCAGAAAUUUCUGCCUCUUCUCAGGUGUAGAAUCAAGGAGGGCAUGUCUUGGGAUGGUGCAAUGGCCUUUUGGCACGACCACCAUACUACCGGCGAGAAAGAGAAGCUGGCACAGGAUCCGAAAUAUUACACGGAAGAGAAACCCAACGCAACUUACGCUUCCAUUGUUACGGCAGAUCACAUAACCAGCCACCAGGCUUUGCACGUGUCUGGAGAUCGACUCUCACUCCCUUUGGUGGCAAUGCAGUUCUUCGUUCGCCAAGUCGUUCGCUGUACAGAGUUCUGCCUUGUAUGCCAUCGAAGGAUGCCCCCUGACAUUGAAGCGAUCAAGCCGUAUGUCUGCGACAGUCAGCUGUGCCUUUACCAAUACUUGCAGCUUGGUUUCGGCCCCAGCAUUGAGCAUGAGAUCAUCUCUCAGCCGAAAGUUGUUGACCUACUGAUAAGUCUCUGUUGGGCAUCCGCAAGGACUGGUCGGCUCAAGCAAAAGCAUCUGCCGAGAGGUCUCGGGUUAAGAAUACCCCCCGUUGCUACUCUAAAGUUGGCCGCGAGGACCAAUCCUUCCUCAUCAGUUUACCCAAAGACCAUCGAAGACUCAACAGCCUUGGCGCGUCUGGAAACAGCCUUGAGGAUCGAGGGAAAAGAACCGUGGCGCCUGCCUAGCGAGAUGGCUCACGCCGCACGUGUAAACCUGGAGACUUGCCAACUACUGUUCGAAAAGGAGGUCACUCGAAAAGAUCUCAACCUAAUUCCAGGAGACUGGAUCCAAUUCAAAGUAAAGGAUGUCGUCGAGCCUCUCCAUUGCAAGAUUGAGCAGAUGAUGCUUCCCACCAUUCAGCUCUCUAAGCCCGUUUUGUUGGACUGCAUGAGAGGGUCUGACUAUGUCUUGCCGGGCCUCUCAAGGCCUGGAUUUCAGGAUGUAAGCUUUGUCGCAUACGACCAGGACCUUGAUUCCUUCCACGCAGUCAACACUCAAGAAGUAAUGGUUGUGCUUCUUGAUCUUCUCCCAACCGUCGAGGCAAUGAAAGACUACUUGCUAAUGGGAGGAGCGCAAGCUGAUCUGGCAAAGUGGACGAGGAUACCAGCUGCUUCGUUGGGACUCUUACGGUGGAUCAUCGCCUCUAACCGUGCAUGCAUCAUGCAAGUUAGUGAUGACGCGCACGAUCAAGUUUGGGGAAUGCCACAAUGGACUCAGUUUCGGAUAGCCAUGGGCGCACCGGAUAAGGAACGUCGCUUCAUCAACUCUGUCAAAACAGUAGGAUCCGCCACCAAUCCUGACGUUCCAACCAUCUUCGCCUGGCACGGCAGCGCCUUGUACAACUGGCACUCGAUCAUACGCGAAGGUCUUAAUUUCGAGCAGACCAUGCACGGAAGAGCCUAUGGCCAUGGAGUGUACUUGUCCAAGGAUUUGGGGACCAGUUUGGGCUACUCGCGCGCAGUUUCCAACUACCAAAAUCCGAAUGAUGCCACCUGGAGUUCCAGCAAGCUACUGAUCUACGAUGCUGUCUCGCUGAACGAGAUUGUCAAUUCUCCCAGUAAAUUCGUCUCCUCAAUCCCGCAUUUUGUCGUUAAUCAAAUAGACUGGAUCCAGACGAGGUACCUGUUUGUCCAGACUUCAGCUUCCAGGGUGCCCCAUGCAGACCAGACGCCAGUGACGCCGCAGGAACAACCGUUGCCUCUGGACUGUAUUCGUCAGGAUCAGGUACACUUUCCAGUCAAUACCGCGCGCAAGAAGAUUGAGAUCCCAGCGUCUUCCACAAGGUCCCGCGCAAAGGGGGCGAAGAUUUCGUCUAUUAAAAGGGCAAUAUCGAAGGGAUUCAAGAAAUUGAGAACGGGCGGAGCUAUUGAGGAUCCGAUUGACCUCGAUGAUGAUGCUCAAAGCGUCGCGACAGAUCAAGACGACCGUGAGUUAUUGCAAAUGGAGGUGGAGCAGACGAAUUCGGUCACUUUGCAAAAGCGCGUCGUCCCAGCAAACAGAGAUCCUCAGGCGGCUUUCGUUCCUGGUCAGCUUGACUUCAGUACAUUGGAGAUCUUGCCUUCGCCUGAGGGCAGUGCUGCAUCAAUAAUGGCUUCGAAGCGCCUCCAUGCAGAUUUCGGCGCUAUGGUCAAAAGUCAAAGCUCCCAACCUCUCGAUGAGCUUGGCUGGUACAUUGAUCCGGAACACAUGGAAAACCUCUACCAGUGGAUAGUUGAGCUUCAUUCAUUCGAAGCUCAUCUUCCUCUUGCUCAAGACAUGAGAAAGAAGAAUGUCGAAAGUGUCGUUCUAGAGCUCACGUUCGGAAAAGAUUACCCCUUUACCCCUCCCUUCGUUCGCGUUAUCCGCCCCCGUUUUCUGCCUUUUAUGAUGGGCGGCGGUGGCCACGUCACUGCUGGUGGUGCGCUUUGCAUGGAGCUUCUCACCAAUGAUGGGUGGGCUGCGGUCAACUCUAUCGAGUCGGUCCUGAUGCAGGUCCGCCUGGCGAUUUCAUCACUUGAACCUCGUCCGGCAAGGCUAGACCGGCACGCCUGGAACACUGACUACAAAGUUGGUGAGGCUAUCGAUGCCUACAUCCGCGCGUGUCACACCCACGGCUGGACGGUGCCUCCCGGUUUCAAGGAAAUGGUGUGGGCCGGCCGAAAGGGUGGGAGAAACUUCAGUGGAUAUGAGUGA